GUUUAAAAGAGCACAAACAUGGCGUCGACCUGGUGCCGUUCAAAUCGCUCAGCAUGUUAGAUAAUAUUAUAGAGUCAAAAUAUACAGAAAUGUGUCAUGUUUGAAAUGUCAGUAUCUCAGAGAAUUACUGAAAAUUAAGCAUUUUAUUAAAUCAUGGGUAUUCAGUGCUUGUUGUUCGGUCUAAGGUACUGUCGGACAUUUAUUUCAGCUUAUCGACUGACGGGUAACGUUUUUCAGUCUUCGAGAGCGUUCGUGUUUACAGCGACCCAGAUCGUUAAAGUCAAAGAUAUCACAAGCAUCUUAAAUCCACUAAGCUGUCACGUUCGCGCGAUUUCAGUCAGGAAUGCCUAUGCCUUCACCUCUACUGUCAUCGCAAAGGACGUGAUUCUCUUCGAACACGACCGGACGCGGUUUUUCAGACUUUUGGCCAUAUUUUGUACUGUCCAGUUUCUGUUUUGGGCAUAUCUUGCUCACUUUGCUUUCACAAGUCUUAGGGACACUAGAAAAAAUAGUGGUGAACCACAAAAGGUCAGAACUGAGUUAGGAGGGCUUUUCAGUUUUGAUUUGAACCUCGGUUCAAAUGCCUGGAGGUAUGGAUUCACUCUUGGGUGCCUAAUUAUUGGCGGAGGAAUUGUUGGCGUGGCAAUAUUGUUCAGCCGCUGUUCUGUGAGUCGUGUAAUUCUGCAUAAGGGAGGUGGAAAAGUCACAGUAUCUACACAAUCACCGCUGGGACCUCUCAGAGCUCACCAUCUAACUGUGCCUUUGUCUCAAGUGACCUGUCAUGCGCACAGACAGGAAUCACCUUCAUUUAUCCCACUUAAAAUCAAAUGGUACAAGUUCUACUUCCUUUUGGACAAAGAAGGGACACUGAACAACUCUAAACUAUUUGACAUUACUGUUGGGGCCUACAGACCCUUAUGAUAUGUCAUUUAUACCCCUGUGUGUCUGCGGUCCACUGUGGAUGUAUCAUACAUCUGCUAUUCAUUUUGUUUUAUGUUGCCUUGGGGAAAAAAAACAAGCACUGAAAUUACAAGAGGAAUAAACUUAACUUUUCUGUUCAUAAUAAAACUUUUUACCUGGGAUUUGUGCUGACAAGCUUAUUCUGAAUUAUAUGACACAGACUUAGUCAUACGAGUCUGACUAAGAUGAAAUUAUAGUUCUGUCUUUGUAUUUUUUUUUUCAGCAGCAUUGAUGUCUGACUCAGUUAAGUAAAUAAUAAUUGACAACGGGCCAUUGAAUUAUUAGAAAAUAAUGCACACCCCAGGUGGUAAUGCGAAGCCAGAAUGACCAUUACACCUUGAGUGUGCAUUAUUUUCUAAUAAUUCAAUAGAACUGGGUAGGGAACAGAUAGAAUCAAUUAUUCCACUUAUACUAAAGUUACCACA